AUGAAUUGGGCCAAAGUCUUCAAGUUGGUUUCCAGCAAGCCAAAAGUCUUUCAAAGCUCAGUUAAUGAUCAUUUAAUAUGGAAAAUAAACGCAUCCUACUUUGCAAGCAAACCUGGAUCUAUAUCAAGUUCAGUUAAAACAACCGCGAGGUCGAAGCCAUCAUCUCUUGUUGGUAAACAUGCACCUAUUACUCUUACGAAGUCAGCCAUAGAUCGUAUCCAAGAACUUUUACAAAGAAAUCCAAAAGCUAUAGGACUACGUAUUGGAGUUAGAACUCGUGGUUGUAAUGGUCUGUCUUAUACCUUGGACUUUUGCUUCGACGGAAUCCAACCUGGAGAUGAAGUUGUGGAGCAGGACGGAGUUCGUAUUUUUAUUGAUCGUCGGGCGCAGCUGACGCUGUUGGGUACUGAAAUGGACUAUCAGCAAGAUAUAUUAUCCAGUCAGUUUGUUUUUAACAACCCUAACAUUAAGGGGACUUGCGGUUGCGGAGAAAGCUUUAGUGUAUAA